CAAACUCUCCGCGGUGAGGGUGUACCCGCUCUGUUCAAAGGUGCCGGUUGUCGUGUUCUCGUCAUGGCUCCGCUGUUUGGUAUUGCACAAAUGGUCUACUAUUUGGGUGUUGCUGAACGGUUGCUUGGCUAUCCACGAAUGUGA